UUAGUCGUCCCUCACUCAGACUGAGGCACUCGGGAAGGUCGGCAUGAAUGCGAGCUGCGACUCUGCCUUCCUGUAGACCAGGCAGCAUGUGAACGUCAUGCGUGUGGACAUGUAUGCACUUUUUAACAGCUGACUGAAGCCCAAUGGGGUCUGGAGCGAGUCAGAGACAAGAUUCAGUUUCAGAGAACCACGUCUCAUCACAGCCCAACACUGAGACCGAUUCGUCCAACACUUCCUGCCACGCGCCUGUCAUCAUCAUUACUGCUCCGUCACGAGAAGACAUCUUUGCCGUGCCGUCCAACGUCACUAUAGCUGAUGCUAUGAAAGAGCGGAGGCCUGGCUCUACACCUUUCGUAGUAGGGAGGAAAAUCACAACCAGACAGUAAUGCAACAUGAUUUUCCCUGUAGAUAUUUAUUUUUAACUCCAAAACUGACACUCAUGGAAAGGAUUUAAAUGGCCGCAAACUCCGUGAAAGCUCUUUGUUGUCCUCCGUGUGGACACAAAACAAACUACAACGGCGCCAUGCUUGUUGGAAGUCCUACCUGGCGCCUCUCUUCUCAUCUGAGCUGCAAAACCUUUUAAAAACUCAGAGAAUGGACGCCGUCGGCGAGGAUGAACCGGACUCGAUAAAGCUGAAGUCCAUUAAAGACAAGAAAACCUUCACAGUGCCCCAGAAUGACAGGUUUGGAAGCUGCCGAAGUGUCAGGGAGUUUGAGAAACUCAACCGAAUAGGAGAAGGAACAUACGGCAUUGUGUACCGAGCCCGUGACACCAAGUCGGAUGAGAUAGUAGCUUUGAAGAAGGUCCGCAUGGACAACGAGAAGGAUGGCAUUCCCAUCAGCAGCCUGAGAGAGAUAACACUGCUGCUGAGGUUGAGAAAUCCAAACAUCGUGGAGCUGAAAGAGGUGGUGGUGGGCAGCCAUCUGGAGAGUUUGUUUCUGGUGAUGAGUUACUGUGAACAGGACCUGGCCAGUCUGCUGGAAAACAUGCAGACACCAUUCUCUGAAGCUCAGGUGAAGUGCAUUGUCCUUCAGCUGCUCAGAGGCUUGGAGUAUCUCCAUCACAGCUUCAUUAUACACAGGGACCUGAAGGUGUCUAAUCUGCUGAUGACCGACAAAGGCUGCGUUAAGAUCGCUGACUUUGGAUUGGCCAGGAUGUACGGGAUCCCCCAGCCGCCAAUGACCCCCAGAGUGGUCACACUGUGGUGAGUGUUUCCGGACGCUGCAACACGUCCAUCAAUGAAUCCAGAACAUCUGCAGAAACUGUAACAAGUUGCCCUCUUACUUCCAGACGUUUCACUUGAGGCUAGCUAAUGGUGACCUCACACCAAAAUGCGUUGCGCGUCUGACGCUUCAAGUUCGAUGCGUUUGCACUUUGAAUGCAGACGGCUGACAUUUUGCUCCACACCUAGCAUUUUUGCGCAUCUGGUUUCCAUUCAAAGUCUAUGUGGAGGCGCAUCAGACGCGUUGGCUCUAGCCCUCGAUGUUCGUUGGACGCUCUUGACACUCCAAACGGUUCGGCUAGACGCUCGAAACGCACCACAGUGGCCUUCGUCGCGCCUCCACACAGACUCUGAAUGGAAACCAGAUGCGCCUCACGCUCAAAACGCUUUAGGUGUGAACGCACCAUAAAACUCAUGGAGUUGUCUUAUAUGUUGUCUUUAUAUUAAGUAAUGAUGGAAACAAAUCCGUAUGAGCAAAGUUAAGUUUUUUUUUGUCCAAAACUCUCAGAAAUGACUCUCACAUCCUGAAUUUGACGAAGACAAAACGAAGAUUUAAAGAACAUCAGAUUAACUGGUGACCGGUCGGGGUUGGAGAUAAAAGGAGCAUCCAGGCUUAGGCCCAAACUUACUGCGGGUACCUUGGCUGUUACAUAACUGGCAUUUGGAUAAAUGUUUGAGUCCCAGGAUUUGUUGUUUUUAUUUAGCAGCAGCUCUAAUACUUUGCGUGGAAAGUUUCGCUCUUGUUCUGGCAGUAAAUUCUGUCCAAAACAACCUGCUGCUCGUUCACAUGAGGGCUAAAUCUGUAACAUGGCUGCACGUUUGUUUGGACGCUAAGCCACUCGUCUGAUUGCGGAACAGGAUUUAUUUAGACGGCUGUGAUUGCCUGGAGCUUCCUGGGACUUUUUCCAGAAAUAAUAAAGGUCGUCCAUGUUGUUUCGCAUUGGAUGCGCAAACUUCAGCUUAUUUUACUGCUAUUUAAUUUGAUUGAAAUCAACACAAAGGUUUUCUUUCUUUGUAAAGCAAAAAGAAAACAAUACAUGCUGUUUUUUUUGUGUUUUUUUUUACAAAAAUCUGAAAAGUGUGGUGUGCAAUGGUGUUCAACCUCUCCUGACUCAAUAAUUUACCACAUUUUGCUCCAAUUAUGCAAAUCUUUUAGAGCA